ACGCGCUUCCCUUUGGAAUUUUGCACUUUUGCAGCCCAGAACCACCUCCAGAAAGCGACGCUGGGGGAACAAGGCGUCGUAUACAGCUUUUUUCUUUAUCAGAAUGGCUUUUGGAAUUCCAUCCAUUCGCGGAGGUUUUGAAAAUAUGUUGAGCUCCGCCGGUUAUUUGUGUCGGGCCGUGGCGCUCCUCACGCUGUUGGAUCAUCUCGUGGCGCCACUGGCGGUACCGAGCUUUUUCGUGACCGGCGCCAUGAUGACGCCUCCUGUAUUUGGCGCAGCUGAUCAGGAAAGACCAGCCACCCGCCCGAGGUCGUCGAGCGACGGCGCCGUCUUGGGACUGGUGGGUUCAACUACUUCAGAAGGCGAAACUGUUGUGACACGCUCGAGCACACUGGUCGGGGACGUGAAAUGGGCGGUGGAGAAGGCGCUGCAGUGGAAUGACGUCGAGCUGGCGUUGCAACCACACUAUGAUUUUGAUCCUGCGUCGUCCGAAAAAAACCCCGCAGAGACACCAAGACCCGAAAACGAUCCAGCCUGGAUGCAUCUGCUGCAGGACGACGGCGAGACACUGUUUGCAGCUUUCAGGGAUUUUGGUUUGCUCACAGAAGAACAGAAUCGAGACAGAAACAUGCAGGCCAUUUUCAAUUUGGAGACGCCUACGAUUGUUUGCCGGCACGACGCACUUGAUGAGGACGCUGCGUCAGUCCAUGACGAUUUGAAGGUGUGCGAGCGAAAAGUUUCAUUAUCUGCAUUGGUGCGGAAAAUGAAGCCGUCAUCUUCGUGCGAAGCCAACUUCUGCGCUCCAAGUGCAAAAGAUUUCGGCGCGAUUCGUCUGUGGGCACGGCAGGUUUUUUUGGUCAGUACGGCGAGUUGGACCUCGCCUAGGACUGCGGACAAGCUACUGUAUGGCGUGAUGAUGCGUGCGGAUGCCGGGCGUUCCUCUGCGAGCCAGCCGCACCGCCGUGGUGAACAUUCGGACAUACGAAACCACGCCCCGGAACCCCCGGCGUUGCGCCUUGCCGCACGCCUGCUCAAGGUCAUUUUGGUUUCGAAAAGCCUCAGAAGGCAGCUGGACGAAGCAAAGAGGGUGCGUUCGCUGGGCAGCUCGUGCGCUGGUCGCUCUGCGGUAGCAACGUCCAUGGUUACACCGCAAGAAGCUGUCACGUUUGCGGAUUGUCGCCCGCCGGUCAUCGAUGAGGAGGCUGCUGCUGCGCAAAAUCAAAAUGCAUGGAGAAAUAAACCUGCGCACAGCUAUGGAGAAAUAAACCUGCGCCAGAGCUCCGAUCAAGAAGCCAGCGGCAGUAGCUUUAGCAGACGAACAAGCUGCAUGACUUCUGACUACGAGGACCGAAUGGCAGAUCGAGGCGUGUCCGACCCUCUAGUCGUCGAACAGGGAUUGUACGAGCAGGCGUCGUGUUGUAGAGGCGAGGUGAGUUGCGCCUGGAAGGCCUCACCAGCUCAUCUUCGAGCAGUUGGUGUGUCACCUUCGCGACAAGACCCAGCCGCGGCUUUGCCUCUAUCAGCCCGAAGGCAUUUUCUGCAACAAGCUGAGCUGCACAGUCCGGACGGCAGCGAUUCGCCCCCCGCAAGUUUUUCCCGUUCCGCAGCGGAGUCCUCCGCAUCGAUCAAAAAUUGGUUCUUCCGCCAGAUCACAUGCGACAGUGGGAAAACGUGCGCCGGCAGUACUAACAGCCAACCCUGCAGUUGCAGCCCAACCACCGUCUCCCCCACGAGCAGCAAUCGGAAAGAGGCGGAACAACAACAAGGAGGUGCGGAGGUAACACCCGCCAGCACUGCAACCUCGUCCGGUAUCGGGCGUGAGGGCAGCGUGGCGACGGAGGUAGAUCCGUUCGAGCUAGUGGUCCAGAAGGACCCCCCGAAAGGCCUCGGCGCUUCCAUGUCAAGUGAUAGCGCUUCCGGUGCUGUUGCAAAUCUCGGGAAAGAGCAGCCGAACCCCCUCGCGCAGUUCACCGAAACAUUCCUCAGUCCGCUGCUGGUAGACGGCACGCUUCUGAUGCGCCUAAUGGAGGACCUGCAAGGGGGGAGUGGGCGCGACGCUGUUGGCUUCAGCUCAAACGAUGAAAGUCGAGGCCUAUUGCUAGUCCGGUUUUGCGAUCAGCUUUUUAGCUGGGUGCAGCGCGAAGUCACGAACGUGAAUGUGGUGCGCGCGGCCAUGCAGGAGGCACAGAAGUCCGGAUUGCUCAGGAGGGUGCGACACACAGUGUUCAAUACCGGGGGCGUAGUUGAGUUUGAGCAUGAUCAGGUGCAAGGAACAAGUCACAGACUUCUCAGAAGCGAGGCUGCAGAAGAAGAAUUGCCGGGGAUUCCCGACCUGGACCAAACAUACCGACAGCUGUACGCGGCGUAUUUCUCUCAGCGGAACGAUCAGGAACGCCGUGGUCAAAAAGCUUCUGGCGGUGCCCGCGAUGCGUGUCGGCACGGUCCCGCUGGUUCGAAAGCAACGAUGACUGGCGGUCAGGUAUGCAGUACGAAAUCUAGUACCACGAGGACUCUGCAGCAGGGGACGAGCGCACCGCCCGUUCCAAACCGAAUCUCUGGGGGCGACUGGAGCUGCUUGACAGCGGGGGAGCGGCGCCAGAUCUUGCGCGAAAACCCGCAAGCGCUUCAAAAUUUCUACUCCGCCGGAAUCACGGAGGACUGCGUUGAAUGCUGGAACGACUGCUGCUUUCCCUUCCUGAGCUUCAUUUUUGCGGCAUUUUGCCAAGGUGGGGCCUCCGGGGUCGUGUUCGAUCACAGGAAUGUAGCGGGAGGAUCGUCAAGAACGCUGUUGAACAGGAGCGCAGGAAGCAACGGCUCACAAAUCGGCACGAAGAUGAAAAAGGCAAGUACGGCACACCAGCCCCGUGCGUACAAGAAGAACGGAAAUACCAACCCAAUCUCCCUUGCGAAGCCGCAAAGAGGCCGAACAGGGGAAGAGGCCUCUGCUUCUGCAACUUCCUCCUCGACGACCGAAAAUGAGGAAAGCAGCACCGACGGAACGGCACAGAGUCUCAACGACAAGCAGGUACAGCAGCAAGAAAACUACCUACAGCAGCAGAGAACGGUUUCCGCGAAGACGUACGUGGUUGCAUAUCUGCUCGUCUUCCAGUUUUGUUUCCGCCUGCUGCUACACCAUGUCGACUACAGUCCGGAACAUCUGCGUACGACGAGGCUGUUGCUUCGUCGGCUACGUCGCAUCUACGUGAAGAAUACGGACCCGGAGAAUGCUAGUCCAGUGACGAAGGACCAGGCUAGAGCCACGAGUCCGUUGGCGGCAACGAGCGAAGCGAAAAGCGCCUCUGCGAGGAGUGGAAGAAGACCCUUCAGUUCUACUGACGAAGAUAGUUCAUCAGAUCCUGACGCGGAUGCGUCCGACGCACGGCGUCCGUGCGAGCCCGGCAAUUUUGAGUGUCUCAACCUCUCAUCGGAGUCGGUGACCAUGUUGAUGCCCCCAAAAACUUUUUUCUCCAAUUUGUCUGCCAACCGCGAGUUCGAAGAAAUUUUUGGCCUUCUGCAGUCCGCAUUGGGACAGUAGGUACCUACCUGAAACUACAUCCUUAGCAAGGACAAGGAAUUUUUGGUUGUCGAUAGCCCGAGCGGAACAUUCGCUGAGAAUAUGAAGAUGCCAUUCGGAAAAAAAAAAACACCCCGGAACUACAAGAAUACAGAACAGUCUGUGACACGCAAAU